CCAUCCUCUCUUCCUUCCGUCCCCUUCUUAUACCCCUCAACUCCUAGCUAACCGCCUACUGCCUCGCAUAUUCCGCUCCUUCUCAACAAACCUGAUAAUCUGCAACUAUUUCCCCCCUUUCCUCCGUUUCGCCAACCGAAGCUAUGUCUGACUCUGUCCCCGGCGGCGAAGCCCCUGCUCCGGUCGAGCAUCUCAACAUCAAAGUCACGGAUAACAACAACGAAGUGUUUUUCAAGAUCAAGCGCACAACACAGUUGAAAAAGCUCAUGGACGCUUUCUGCGAGCGCCAAGGAAAGCAGCCAUCGACUGUCAGAUUCCUAUUCGAUGGAACUCGUGUUCGCCCAGAAGAUACCCCUGACACGCUCGACAUGGCCGACGGCGAUACUCUCGAGGUGCACCAGGAACAGAUCGGUGGUUAAAUAGACUACUACCUAUUUCAGAUCACGAAUACUUUUUUAACUUCUGUUUAUUCCCGUCAAGUUCGUUUUUAGUUUUUUUUUUUUUUUUGUCUUUUUUCUUUUCUUUUUCUUUUC